AUGCACGGGAGCCUCGCAGUGCCAGACAAUUCUCGUCUGCAGCGAGCGCAGCAUCGGCGUCGUUGGUUCGCACUGCACCGAAGAUGCCGUCGUCGUGGCCCAGCACCUGCUGCAGAGCACCUUAAAGCCACACUGUUGCUCUCCAAACUUGAAGCGUUCCUGCCUGUGAUGGCCGAGGAGAACAAAAAACUAAGUGAUGCCGUAGCAGCGGGCGAAGGUGCCAAGCACAACAUCGAAGUGGAAGAAGCCGAAGACCGAAGUGACGACGAUAGCGACGAACCUAUGACUGGUGGGAGCGAAGAGGAUACGAAACCGAAGAAGGGCGGAAAAGCACCCGUUAUUGAAAUGAACUUUGCGUUGAGCAUGAUGGACGAGGGCAAUAGCGACGACGAAAACGCGGAGACAGCAGUUGACCCAGAGGCACAGACAAAAGUUGUCGAUUCCAGCUUAAGUGCGAAGAAAGAACAGCAGGAGCAGUUGUCGUUCCGGAUGCGGCUCGAAAAGCCAAGCAACAAGCCGCGCCCGGUGAUUCAGGAGUUGAACUAG